AUGGCCGCGUCCACCCUGUCUGUCUGCUCCAGCGACCUGAGCUACGGCAGCCGCGUCUGCCUGCCCGGCUCCUGGGACUCCUGCCCCGACUCCUCCUGGCAGGUGGACGACUGCCCAGAGAGCUGCUGCGAGCCCCCCUGCUGCGCCCCCAGCUGUUGCCAGUCCAGCGGUUGCACCCCCAGUGGUUGCGCCCCAGCCUCCUGCCUGACCCUUAUCGGCACCCCCGUGAGCUGUGGGUCCAGCCCCUGCCAAUCAGCCUGCACCAGCUCCUGCCAGCCCUCCUGCUGCAGCUCCUCCCCCUGCCAGGAAGCCUGCGGCGCAUUCGUCGGCUGCACCCCUGUCUGCUGUGAGACCUCCCCCUGCUCGGCCUCCUCAUGCUCCCAACAGUCCAGCUGCCAGCCCUCCUGCUGCAGCUCCUUCCCCUGCCAGGAAACCUGUGGCGCGUCUGUCUGCUGCACCUCUGUCUGCUGCAAGCCCCUCUGCUGCACCCCUGUCUGCUGCAAGACCUCCCCCUGCUCAGCCCCCUCCUGCAGGCGGCCCAGCCCCUGCUCCUCGUCCUGCUGCAGGCCUUCCUCCUGCGUGUCCCUGCUCUGCCGGCCCGUGGGCUCCCGCCAGGCCUGCUGCGUGCCCCCCUCGGCCCAGAAGUCCUGCUGCUGA